CUGCCGCUGUCCCCGGCGUGCCGAAGCACCCGCAGGCCCCCGCAGCCUGUCUGAAGGGUGUCUCCUCCUCCCGGUGGAUGAGGGCUCCCUCCAAAAUGGGGGGGGGAUCCAAAACGACAUCCCCCCCCCGCCUUCCUUCCUCCUGCUGGAGCUGCCCCCCCCCCCAUCCAAAAGCACAUCUCGCGCCAUCCAUCGGCAGCUUCGCUCAGGCUCCAGCACCCCCGGGCCCCUCUGCGUCAGGGUUCAGCUCUGCCCGCCUGAGGCCCUGCCCCUCCGCCUGCUGCCAGGCUUCAUCUCCCCGCCGGGGUUUACGGCCUUUUCCCAGUUCCCUGCUGCUGCCAGGCUUGAUCCCCCCCCCCCCCCCGCCCAGGGGCUUGGCGGAGACCCCAGCUCCGGGCCCUGCCGCGGGCCCCGGGACUCGCGCCGUGCUGGGCUGACGCCCUGCGGGGGCAGCCCUGGGGCUCCCGCCGAGGCAAGGGGCCUGACGGCUGCCGCCCUGCGGGCGCGGGGGCCCCUCGCUGCGCGGGGUCCAUCUUCCCGUCUCCCCGGGGCUUUGGAGCCCCACUCAUUGGAGGAGGGGGACCGGCUCAACGCGAGCCGGGCGCUCCUGGCUUUCCGUGGGAGGAGGCAGCCAGGGCGAGGACACGGUCCCCUGCGAGCAUGCCGCGCCGCCCCGACCUAGCGAGGGCGGGGGUUUUCUUGGCAGGUCCUAGCAGGGCGCGAUAAGGGGCAGAGCGGACAUUAACCAGGCUCUGAGCCCCACGUGCCUGGGAGGGACGACGCAGCGGUGCCGUUCCGGUCCGUGUUUCCUGCCGGAGAGGAGAGGAGCGAGGGCCCGGGCCCGGUGCGGUGGCGCUGAGCAGCUUCGCCUCUCCAAGGAGCCCGCUGGCAUCGCCGCCGGGUUUAAGCAAGGGGCCUGAUUGGGUAGGAGCGCGGCGCAGUCAGCCUGCUCUCCGUGCGAUUCGGUCAGCAGCCGCACGUUCACAUCGGCAGAGCUCCUGCGAGAAGCCCGAAGAUGGAGCCCCCCGACGUGACCAUCAUCAGAGGAGUGGGGGACGAGGUGACGGUGGUGGCCGGCGUUGUGGUCCUGGCACUGGCUCUGGUUUUGGCUUGGCUGUCUACGUACGUUGCUGACAGCAGCAACCAGCUCUUGGGAACUAUCGUGGCCACAGGGGACGCGGCCGUGAUAAGGCUCAGCCACGUCGAACGGUAUGUGGGUGCGGCGGGGGUGACCGAGCCCCCCGAACCCGCGAGGGUCCCCGAAACCACGGAAGAAAAAGCAGAAGAGGAAGCGGGGGCUACAUCCGACUCGGGCCCGGUGCUGGAGCAGGGGGACGGUAGCAGCCCCUCCGACUCCAGCCUUGACCGGCUGUUGGACAUCCAGAGCUUGCCCAAAAGGACAUCAGGCAGCGAGCCCAGUGCUCGGGACAGCCGCAGGCCGCCUGCCCCGGAGGAGAGCGACCUGUGCGCCGGCUUCAUCAAGAUCCGGCUCAAGUUCCUCAACGACACGGAGGAGGUGGCUGUAGUGAGGCCCGAGGAUACCGUGGGCGUCCUCAAGAGCAAAUACUUCCCAGGCCGGGAGAGCCAGAUGAAGUUCAUCUAUCGCGGCCAGCUCCUGCGGGACCAGGCGCGGACGCUGCGCUCUCUCAACAUCACAGACAACUGCGUCAUCCACUGCCAUCUCUCCCAGAGCACCGCUGCCGCCCUGCCCGACCCCGCCGCCGCGCCGCCCGAAGCGAGCGGCGUGACCGUCAGCGUGGGCAACCUGAUGAUCCCGGCGAUCAUGGUGAUGCUGGCCGUCAUCUGGUACUUCCGCAUCAACUACCGGCAGUUCUUCACCGCGCCGGCCACCGUCUCCUUGAUCGGCGUGACCGUUUUCUUCAGCUUCCUGGCGUUUGGGAUGUACGGCCAGUAGGAAACGGACGGGAGGCGUGAAGAGGGGCUCGGGGAGGCGAGCCGGCCUCCCUCCCCGCCUGGCCCUUUGGGGACGCAGCACUCGUGUCAGGGCUCUUCCUAACCUGCCACAAGCGACGCUGGAGACCGGCAGCCGGGGCUGAGCGGCCUCCCGCUCCCUAGGCGCCAAGGACAGCGAACGGCCGGCGGGGCAGAAGCGAGGCCUGAGCUCAGCGCGUCCUUUCCUGCCUCGCUGUUGCUGCACCCAACUGUGUCCCCUUGCCAGCAGGAGCAACCGGGCCAUGCUGCCUCCAGCCGCUCCGACUUGCUUUCUUGCACCCUCCUGGCCCAAGGCAUCCCCACGCGUGCUGGCACCGCUGCCGUGGGAGGGGAGGGGGGCCUGGGCAGACGAUGACUCCUAUUCCCCACGUUACCUGCUCCGAGGAGCGGGCAGGGCAGGUGGAAACGAACCGGUCUUGCUCAGCCAGACGUGGUUGCUGCUGUCCUUCGCUCCUCUCCCGACGAGCGGCGGCUUUGCACGCUCGGGCUCGCUUCCGCGGCGCGUCGGCCAAGGCAGCACGCUGCGCCCGGCAGCGGUCGCGCGCAGCCCUGCCUCUCCCGGCAGCUCCUGCCCGAGGUGCCGCCGCCGCAGCCUUGCGCGCUCGCUCAGGCCGGCAUCGCGCCCUGCAUGCACUUUUGGGCCAGCUUGUGCCUGUCCCCUUCUCCGGGGCAGAAUCGUGGCUGCUGAUCUAAUGGUGCAUCAAGUACAACCACUGCUUCUGCCCCUGGAGAUCAGGGGACUCUGCAGCCCCGCACCAGAACAGGCUACAACUUCUCAAAGACACUUUUUAAAGCAAAUAAAAGGUGCAACUUUAGCUGAGGCCAUUCCAAACGCUCUCCUUGCUGCUUGAGGGAGCAUCUGCCUAUCAAAACCAUGGAUCGCUUCGAAACAUUUUUAUGCUCUUUGCACUUUUAAGAAGUAUACGUUUAUAAACGCAA